AUGCACCGGAUUAACUCGUGGGCGAAAGCUCACGCCUCUUCUCGUGGCGACCAACCCACCCAACUUCAACUCCAACCCCAAGCUCAAGCUCAAGCUCAACCCUCCGAUCCCACCCCUAUACCGGAAGCUUCUCGGAAUGGACAAGUGAAUGACACCCCCGUGGCCCCGACCACCGAGCCGGGGCCCGAUGAGAAGAACUCCCAACCAGGCCUGCUCCUUCGCAUGCGGAAUGGCAGCGGCCGAUUCUACACCCACACCAAGGAUGCCCUAUUCCACAGCUGGGUCAAUGUCCUGCUGAUCUUCGUCCCCGUGGGUAUUGCCUCCAAAGCAGCUGGCCUAAACCCCGACAUCGUUUUCGCGAUGAACGCGGUGGCCAUUAUCCCCUUGGCUGGACUGCUGAGCCACGCGACAGAGAGCGUGGCCAGUCGCCUUGGCGACACAAUUGGUGCUCUCAUCAACGUUACCUUUGGUAAUGCUGUUGAGUUGAUCAUUUUCAUCAUCGCGCUGGUGAAAAAUGAAAUUCGCAUCGUGCAGGCUUCCCUGCUGGGCUCCAUCCUGGCGAACCUGCUAUUGAUUCUGGGCAUGGCGUUCCUACUGGGCGGUCUCCGUUUCCAGGAACAGAUCUACAACAGCACGGUUACUCAGAUGAGCGCCUGUCUGCUCAGUUUAAGUGUGACCAGUCUGCUGCUUCCGACCGCUUUCCAUGCUUCAUUCUCUGAGACUGCCAACGCGGACAAGCAGACGCUGAAGGUCAGCCGUGGAACCAGUGUCGUUCUCCUGCUGGUCUACAUGCUGUACAUUUUGUUCCAGCUGAAGUCUCACUCGUACUUGUACGCCAGUAUUCCUCAACAAAUCAUUGACGAGGAAUCGCACCCUGGUGUUCUUGCCGAGUUUUUGAAUAGCUCAUCCGACUCUUCGUCUAGCGAUAGCGAUGACUCGGUUGAUACUAUGACCUCAUGGACCACUGCUAAGCGCAUUAAGCGGGCGAUGAGGCAUCGCAGACGCAGAAAGUCUAGCACCAGUUCCAAAGGCACAGCCCAAUCUGUUGACAAGAAGGUCAUGGAUAAUGGCAAUCAAAGCUCUAUUGGCAAUUCACUUGUCAGUAAUAAUGACAGCAACCCCAGUGCCGUCGACUUGGAGGAGGCGCGGUAUGAUGCCGACGACGAUGCCCACCCUCGUUCUCGUGACUUCGGUCUCCCCAUGACCCGCGUCGACAGUGCCUCUAGUGACAAGGCCCGGAAGAAGGAACGCAAGAAGCGUCGCUCCAAGCGUGCCGAAAAGGUCGAGGCUCAGGUUGCUGGCGCCAAUAACGAUGCCCAGGCCAAGGAGUCUCAACCGACCAUGAAGGGAUUUGCCUCUGCUCCCACUUUCACUGGAUUGGAGGGCGCUGGGGAAAUUGAGAACUCUCGCAAGCGCUCGCCGUUCGGCCCUAUUCCCUCGCUAUUGUCCAACACCGUGUUCAGCUCGCAGUCCCCUGUUAACUCGCCUCGCAUUGGUGACCCUUCGCACCCUGGUCUCCAGCGUAGUAACUCCCUGCCUGCGCAUAUGAAUGCUAUGCCUCCUGCUGGUAAUGCCGUGCAGUUCGCCCGUGGUGCUGCUCGUGUCGCUGCGCCCACCGCCCCUGUCGCUGAUGCCCCUCAAGAUGCGGAGCCUGUGAUGUCUCGUACCGCGGCUGUUGUCCUGCUCCUGAUCUCCACUGCUCUUGUCGCAGUCUGUGCCGAGUUCCUGGUUGAUGCCAUUCCCGACAUGCUGGAGACUUCUAAUGUUAGCGAAGCCUUCAUCGGUUUGAUUAUUCUGCCUAUUGUUGGUAACGCCGCCGAGCACGUCACUGCCGUCAGUGUUGCGACCAAGAACAAGAUGGAUUUGGCUAUUGGUGUAUCUGUUGGUAGUAGUAUCCAGAUUGCCAUUUUCGUCACUCCUCUUGUUGUCAUCCUGGGAUGGUGUAUGGACAAGGACAUGUCUUUGUACUUCACCCUCUUCGAAACCAUCUGUCUGUUCGUCACCGCCUUCGUGGUUAACUUCCUGGUCCUAGACGGACGGAGUAACUACCUGGAAGGUGCACUGCUUAUCGCAGCCUAUGUGAUUAUUGCCCUUGCAUCCUUCUUUUACCCGGACAGUCAGCAGGCGAGUAACCUAGCCGGCUAG